AUGUUUUUUCUUUUAACUAAAGUAUUUUUUUAAGGUUUAUCCAAACAUUAUCCGGGUUUUUAAUUUUAUAAUAAUCGUGUUUUGAGGUUAUAUGUCAUAUUGUUUAUUGUUUUAUUUCAAGCUAACUUUAACUUAUUUUUAAGAAGAUAAUUUACUAAUUUUAUUAAAUAAACGAAUCUAUAUUAUCAUUUUUUAUCAGUUAUUCAUUUCCUUUUUAUUAAUUUUCAGUUAUUGUCCUAUUAUUAUUAUUUUCUAUUUGUUAAGAUUAAAUAUUUAUAGGUAUUAGUUUUUAUAUUUUCAGUUAUAAUUUUUCAGAUUAUUUAUAUUUUGAGUUAAAACAUAAUAAAUUAAAAGAUUAUGUAUCAAUUUCAUUUUCAUUAAAAUGCUUUAAUAUUCUAAUUAAUAUACGAUUUGGCUUUAAAAUUACUAAUUACUCUAAAAAUUCAUUUGUUUUAAAUUCAGCCUAGAAUAGAAAAUAGUAUUAUAAAUAUAUUAUUUUUUAAAAAUAAAAUGAAUAAAUAAAGUACAAAAUUAAAUAUUUAUUAUAUCUAAAAAGAUAUAUAAUAAUUUUUCAUAUGA